CACUGCUUGUGGUGAUCGCUGUAUUAGCUUAUUUCGCAUUUAGGGAGUACAGGAGGAAGAAAAAGAGUGAAAGACAUGUGAAGCAUCAGAACGAACGUUUGGUGGCCUUAAAUGACAGCUUAGACAGUUUUGUGUAUCGAGUGUCGCACGAUUUGAAAUCUCCGGUGAUCAAUGUCAAGAAUAUGAUCUCUAUGUUGAAGGAAUAUCAAACCGAUGAUCAGGAUCCGUUGGUGCCGGAAAUUAUUAAGAAUCUUGACCUUUCUUCUCACCGAUUGGAAACGACAAUUACUGAUUUGUUGGAGUUGUCAAGAAUCGAAAGAGUAGAGGAGGAGAAGGAAAAAGUAAACAUUCGUGAAGUAUUUCAUGAAAUCCUGCCUGAAUACCAGGAACAGAUUCAGCGCAUUGGAGGAGAAGUGGUGGAGAGUUUUAACGGUGGAGAAAUUUUCUACGGUUCGAAAGCGGAAAUGAACAGUAUCCUUCAAAACUUGUUGACCAAUAGCAUUAAAUAUCGUUCAGAGAAUCGCGCAUUACGCAUUGAGAUAGGAACAAAACCAGAUAAGGAAAAGAUGAUGCAAAUGACCUUUGCGGAUAAUGGUCAGGGAUUGGAUCUAAAACAAUUUGAAGGAAAGUUAUUUGGAAUGUUUCAGCGUUUCACGUCAGACACUUCCAUCUCCGGAACGGGUGUAGGAAUGUACAUCAUUAAAAAACUGGUAGACAAGAACAAAGGAAAAAUUGUGUUGACAA